AAGUGAGGGAGUGGGGGUGUUUUGACAUAGGGGAUGUUGGGUGGCAAGUGGAGACAGCUAUGGGGAAGUUUGAGACUGAGGAUGGUAGAUGGAGACAAGGAAGGGAUGGGGAAGUGUUAAGUCUGGUUGUGAUAGGUGGGUUGGGAGACUGUUGAGGGAUGGGGAAGUGUUGAGACUGAGGAUGGUAGAUGGAGACAGAUAAGGAAGGGAUGGGUUAGUAUUGAGACUGAGGAUGGCUGAUGAUAUAUGGAGACAGAUAAGGGAAGGAUGAGAUGUUGAGUCUGGGGUGGUAGGUAGGUACAGAUGAGGGAGGGAUGGGGAAGUGUUGGGACUCGGUGGUAGGUGGAGACAGAUAAGAGAGGUGUGAGGAAGUGUUGAUAUUGAAGAUGGUAAAUGGAAGAUGCGUGAUAUGUGGGGAUGUUAUGUACCCCUAGGGUUCAUAUUUUCUGUGGACUGUCACUUUAAAACGCCAGAAGAAUGAGACUGACUUUUGGACACUGUUUGAGCUGUGUGUGAGAGGGAGAGAGAGCGAGAGAGAUUUAUUUGUUGGACAAUCGAUGUUAUGGUUUCUCUGCAGCGUGUUUACUUUUUACAAGGACAGUUGCAGACACAGAGAAACACAUGCUCAGAGUCAAGAUGGUUUCGAUCAAUGAAAGACACCAGUGAGUGAGGUCCUGGUUUAAACUUUCAGUAGUCCAAAAGGGGUUCUUUCUCAUCAAGGACAGCUUUUUACUUUAUUAUGCUGAAAAUGAAAGGAAGAACUUCGAGAGUAACAAAUACUUCAACAUUCAUCCCAAGGGAGUGAUUCCGCUGGGCGGAUGUAUUGUGGAGGCAAAGGAGGAGCCCAACAUGCCCUUUGUGAUGAAAAUUUCACACGAUGACUUCCACGGGAAUAUUUUACUUGCUGCUGAGACGGAGUUUGACCAACAGCACUGGCUGCAGAUGCUGCAGGAAUCUGGAAAGGUGACAUGGCAGAAUGCUCAGCUUGGAGAAGCGAUGAUUGGAAGCCUGGAAGCCCAAGGCUUGCAGCUGGCCAAGGAGAAGCAGGAGUACCUGGACAAACUAAUGGAGGAGACUGAAGAACUGUGUCUGCAGCGGGAACAGAAAGAGGAACUGCAGAGACUAAACCACAUCCUCGAGGCAGAAAAAAACAAGAUUGAGGAGAUGGUGCAAGACCUGAGGUUGGAGCAGGAACAGAUAAAGAGGGAGCUGGAGGUGACCGUGAACUCAUUAACAACAAUUGAAGAAGAAAAGAAGCAAUUGCACCAACUGUCAGAAUCACUGCAAAAUAAUUUAGAGAGCCUAUCUCAGGAGAAGCAGCGGACCCUGGAGAAGCUUCAGGACAGCGAGCAGCAAACGCAGCAGCUGGCCAGCCAAAAUGAGCAGCUGUCUGAGUCCAGCGGGGCCAUCCGAGACAUCCUGCAGCGCAUCGAGGAGGACAUGAGGAAACUGCAGGAUGAGAAAGUGCUUGCAGAGGAAAGACUGCGGGAGAAGGAGCAGCGAGCACUGGCCCUGCAGGAAGAGAGGGAAUUCUACUCCACACAAUCCCGUGAGCUGCAGCUUUCCUUGUCUGAGCUCACCGUCGAGAAGCAGCAGACUGAGAGUGAGCUGAGGGAGGAAAUGAAGUCGCGGGUGGAGCUGGAGCGGAGGCUGAAGGAGGCGGAGGAGGCGUUGCAGCGGCUGGAGCAGGGCCUGGACUCAAACGAGCGCACCAUCGAGAAAAACGAGCUGAUGAAGGGGGACGUGGGCGAGCUGAGGAAGUUCUUCGAGGAGUGCAUCCGGAAGGCUGAGAUCGAAGCCAAGCUACCGAUUAUCAUGAAGAACUCGGUCUAUGUGCAGCGGGCUGCAGCUCGGAGGAUAAAGAGCUGCAGGUUCCGGCGCAGGAAGUCCACCGCUGUUUGGAACUCUUUUGUGACCAAUUCCCACUCCUUGGCCGUCCCCCAAGGUGAAGGGGAAGAAGAGAUGGAGGAACUGAAGGAGACAGCCAGGAAACUGAGCAGGGACCGACGUUUCCGUGAGACUGUCUAUAAGUACAUGACUCUCAAAGGUUCCUCGAAGUCCUGAUGCGUGUAAGAGAAGGUCCUGCUAUGUUGUAAUGUCAUGCUUACACUUUAGGAGCUCUUCCCAAUUUUCAGCUGUUGUAAAGCUGACCGGCAUGAGUAGACUAAUGCAGUACAUCUUAAGAACUUUUUUCAGUUUCACCUCAGUCUUCCAUCCAACCUCUGGCUCCUUUACCCAAAUCUCUGCUGUUCAUUGGUAAGGUAGAACUCCAUCCAAGAUGAGUUUAAGGAUUACGACACAUUUCCCUGUAACAGUGUGAGCCAUUUCCUAGUUUGCCAGCAUGGUCAGAACUCACUGAAAGCCUGGUGUGGAACAGUUCUUGAAAUAUCAGUGCCAAAACCUGGCUGGGGUUUGAUGGAAACAGCAAACAGUAUUUACUCUGCACUUUAUAACCCUGUGUUCUAUCAACCCUAGUUGUCAAACCAAGAAUCUGUUUGAUUUGAAACUCUAAUAUCUUCACUGAAACAAUGAAUGUGAUCGAUUAAAAUGAGCAAGCUACUUGUGAAGGAGCGUGCUUUAUUGAUAAGGCCAAUGUAAUAUAAUACUAAACAAGUUAAAAGAGACUCUCUAGAGAUGUGUCUGGUGAAUUUGCUUAGUGAGUUCUCAAUUGUCAAGUCUAGCUAAAACUUUCAAACAGCACAAGUGAAGGAGUUUCUGAGGUGGUUUAUGCUCUGCUACUUGUGUAGAAAGGACACAAGGAACCACAGAAAUUAGGUAAUAACUAUUUCAACCAAUUUGCACUCACAAUCUGGCCUCAUGUUCCCCAGUCUCUCUGGCACAUCCUAUCUAUACUGACCCUGACCAAUGUGUCAGGUCACUGACUGCACAUUCGGUAAAACCAACUUAACCUGUGUGAGCCAGGAUCAGGGCUUGUCAACAUGAGGUCAAUGGAGACUUCCAUCUUAUUGCCAUCUUGUUGACUGAGUCUAAGAAUUGUUUAGGCUAUUGGUCAACGGCACUGAGUACAGAUACAAUAUUGAGAUGCCAUGUUACAACUAUACAAGAUAUAUGUGAGACCACACUUGCAGAAUUGUGUGGAGUGCUGGCUGCCCAGCUGCAGGAAGGACGGAAAGGGUACAGAAAAGAUUCAUGAGGAUGUCACUGGGACUGGAGGACUUGAGCUAUAAUGAGAGGCAGGAUAGGCUGGGCUGUUUUCCGUGGAGUGGAGGAGGCUGAGAGGUGACCUUAUAGAGCAAGGGGGGCGUAGAUAACAUGGACAGUCACAGUCUUUUCCUCAAAGUAAGGGGUCUAAAACUAAAGGGCAUAGAUUUAAGGUGAUAGGGGAGAAAUUUGAAAAGGAUUUUUUUUCACACAGAGGGUGGUGGCCCUGAUCAACAUGACCUGACACUUACGGUCUGCUCCAGCCAGAAACAGCUCCACCUCUCAAGUGCACAUACAACAGGCAUCAGCUUCUACUGCACAAGCCAACAUCCUGCUACCAAGCUCCACAUUCUCUGAGAAAAGGAGACACCUUCAACAUCUGACCAGCAUCUCUCUCACAUAUAUAUAUACGCACACGCUCAGACAUACACUCAGCAGCCAGUACGACCGUACACCUCAUCAACGCAAAUAUCUAAUCAGCCAAUCAUGUGGCUGUAACUCAAUUCAUAGAAGCAUGCGGGCAUGGAUUCGGAGCAAGAAGGCUGCGAGUGAAUGGCUGGUUUUCGGAGCAAGGGCAGUUUUUAUCACUUGGGGUAAAAGAGAGGCAAGACUGUGCAGGCACGUGAUGUCAGCCAGUAGAGCGCGAAAGGUAUUAAAAAGAAGACUGCCAUAUCCAGCGACCAGCGGAGUGAGAGGCAGCAGAGUGAUCGGGCUUUGGCUCAAUGGGCUUAGGCAGUAACGGGAUGAAGCGAGGUAGGUUUACUGGGGUUAUUUGCGGAAAUGAGGAAGUAUGUGUGUGAGGCCAGUUUUCUGUGCUCGGUAUCAGAUGUGUGAGGUCCUGGAGUCUCCCAGCCUCCCGGACGGCCAUAUCUGCACCAGGUGUGUCGAGCUGCAGCUCCUGAGAGGCUGAGUUAGGGAACUGGAGAUGCAGCUCGAUGACCUUCGCCUGGUCAGGGAGAGCGAGGAGGUGAUAGAAAGGAGUUACAGGCAGGUGGUCACACUGGGGCCAUGGGAGACAGACAAGUGGGUCACAGUCAGGAGACGGAAGGGGAAGAGUCAGGUACGAGAGAGUACCCCUGUGGCUGUACCCCUUGACAAUAAGUACUUCUGUUUGAGUACUGUUGGGGGAGACAGCCUACCUGGGGGAAGCGACAGUGGCUGUGCCUCUGGCACAGAGUCUGGCCCUGUGGCUCAGGAGGGUAGGGAAAGGAAGAGGAUGGCAGUAGUGAUAGGAAACUCUAUAGUUAGAGGGUCAGACAGGCGAUUCUGUGGAUGCAGGAAAGAAACUCGGAUGAUAGUUUGCCUCCCAGGUGCCAGGGUCUGGGAUGUUUCAGAUCACACCCAAGAUAUCCUGCAGUAGGAGGGAGAACAGCCAGAGGUCGUGGUACAUAUUGGUACCAAUGACAUAGGUAGGAAAAGGGAAGAGAUUCCAAAAAAAGAGUACAGGGAGUUAGGAAGGAAGUUGAGAAGCAGGACCGCAAAGGUAGUAAUCUCGGGAUUACUGCCUGUGCCACACGACAGUGAGAAUAGGAAUAGAAUGAGGUGGAGGAUAAAUGCGUGGCUGAGGGAUUGGAGCAGGGGGCAGGGAUUCAGAUUUCUGGAUCAUCGGGACC